UUCCUAUUUGUCUCAGACAUAUGUCGCCAGAUAGAGUUUGAUCACUCUUUUGAUGGAAAACGCCUCAAAAAUCACGUGAUUCGUACUGCUGAGGUCCAGAGUGAACGAUCCUGUCGGACUUUGUGCUACAUGGAACCAAACUGCGUCAGUUACAACUUUAACAAAGUCACAAGGAAAUGUGAGCUGAAUAAUUCCACCUCAAGAGAAGGAGAGGAAAAUAUGGAACCGAAUCCAGGUUAUGUAUACUGUGGAGCUAAGGUAUGCAAAGUUUUACAAAUUAUGAAACUUUGUAAAAAAACGAAAUGUUACUUGUUUGGAUCGAGGAUUGUUUGCGAGUGCUGCAAUUAUGGUUCUAUCACUUUCUGAAGUAAUGCAGCCUUGGGGGUCGCUACUGUCAACUUUUUAGAAAACAUAAUGAAAGUUUUCCAAAACAAAUGUAAUUUGAAGACAGGUUUUGCCCGCCUGCAUUAAUUAGUUCUAAUGGAAUGAUUUCUAUGUCCUUGAUCGAAUGAUCUGGAAGGGAGAAGUGUUCUGAAACGGCGGUAGGAUGAUGAAAUUGAUAUGGAUUUCUGGCUUUUUCUAUGGAGCGUCGUUGCUCUCCAAAUCUGUCACUGAACUGGCGUUUAGUUUCGCCGAUGUAUUGCAUGUUACAUUUAUUGCACUGGAUCAUGUAAAUGAGAUUGGAAGCUGAACAGGAAUUGUGGUGUGGGAUGCGUCGUAAUUUCGUUGGUUGAGUAGAAGGUGUGAGACGUGGUUCCAGGGGCGGAUCUAGGGGAGGGUGCGGUGGCUGUGCACCCCCCCUGGGAUGACCUGCGGUUUUCUAACACAAAUGGUAUUCUGCAAAAAAAACCAAAAAACUAUGUGGUUUAUUGGUGUUGAAGUGGAGCAAGAGACGAGUGCACGCCCUCCUAAAAAAAAUCCUGGAUCCGCCCCUGGGUUCCUUCUGUAAUAAAAGGACACUUCUUGCACCUACUUCUGUUACAGCGGAAAGCUCCAGGUGUUUUGGGGGAUGGUCUGCGGUGUUUGGCUCUGACUAGGAUGUCGCGUAGACUCAGUGCAGCGGCGAAAGGAUAGGAUACUUUCAGAGAGCCAUGCUAUAGGGUCAGAACGUCUUAAUUGCUGAGUUAUGAAAUCAGAAUGUCAAAUUCAUUUUCAAAUUCAUAUACGUUCAAAGAAAAUUAUCUUACAAAAAAUUAGCUAAAGUAUUAUAAAAAUUAGGGAUAUCUUAUUUCUUUUCGUGUCCCUAGAACGCUUGUGCAAAUAGGCCUUGCAAGAACAAAGCAACCUGUCAAACCGGUUUUACUGGUAAAGGAUAUCACUGUUUGUGUCCAGUGGGAUUUGAAGGGGAUCAUUGCGAGAACGGUAAGUUAAUUAAAAUCUUUGUCUGGUCCAAAUAUUGUAAAUUGUAGCAAAUAAAUAAGGGGCAAUAUCACGAGAGGUUUCCCAAGUUUUCGCGCAAACUACUGUAUUAUUUAUUCUGUUAGGCGCCCUGAGCGCUUAUCAAAUUUUCCGGUUUUCGUGGGCGCGUAUGUGGUGGGCGCUUGUUCGAGGCUGGGCGCUCAUUAAAUUUUCAUUAUUUUCAGCAGGUAGUAAGUGAAUUUUUUAACAAAACUGUAAAUAAUACGAGACUUGAAGAUGCACCAGAACAGAAUUUCGACUGUUCAUUGAAAGGUAAUUAAAAGAAAACUCGGUCUUCCGGGAAGUCUCUUUUAGUACCUACAAUGGAGGACAAAAGAACUUGGGACUGUGUGAAAAAGCCCUUCCAAGCUAUUGUUACGUAGAACCCUGCUCCUAAGGACAAUUUUUUUGUUCGGCUUUGGGUUCAUCCCGUCGUUCCCCCACUCCCCCUAGCAAUGUUGUGGCCAAAAAAGCACUCAUUCUCACCCAUUUUGCUCCAAAUUCAACUUUGUUUGGGGUGGGAGGGGAGGGGUCGCUAGUUUUAGUAAUAUCACUGGAAAGGUCCCAACACUUUUGACCUCCAUUGUAGGUCCAAUCAGAAGCACUACCCAGAACUGGUUAGUGACACGUCAUCAGUAUGGAAUUUCUGCGCUCUCUGCUCAGACGUCAUUUCUGGGGAAAAAUUUAAAGUGGUGGCGUCGCGAAAUGUCGAUUGUUUUCUUAACUACAGUAAUUUGCUAAACCGUUUAUUACUCCUGUCUUUAUUUUAUUUUAACUACGUGUAGUAAUUUUUAAUUUUUAUAAUUUUCUAGAUGUAGACGAGUGCGCCACUGGAACAAACAAGUGCCGUGCCAAUACGUUCUGCACAAAUAACGAAGGAUCUUACAUCUGCACUUGUAAUCCGGGAUACUAUGGAGAUGUAGAAAACUGUGAACCGAGUGAGUCUAAAGCAUUUUCAUGAGUUGUAGGGAGAUAUUGAUCCAUUUUUACCCUUAAAUAAACCAUAAAAUCUUUUCUUUGGACUUACUUUCAGGACGGACUAUAAAUUACUGAUGUUGUUACUUAAGUUUAUAAUUGUUGCUCCUGCAAUUUGCCUUAUUUUAAUCGUCUGUACAAAUAUUCUAAAUAACUCACGACAAGCUUUUCUAGCUCUUAUAAAUGCUAAUGAUUCUUUCCAUUAAAAUAUGAACAAUAAUUUCUCGUAAAAAUUUAGGGCAGUAAGAAAAUGAAAGAUCUGAAAUGUCUUUUUAAAGCCGUCACCUUACUUCCCAUAUUGUAGUAAUUAAACUUUUGUAAAUUAAAUAACCAUGUUUAAAACCAGUUAAUUUUUUUGUGUAAUUUUCUUUUGGCGUAGUUUCGACGUGCAAGGACAUUUUUGACAAAAACAUGUGAGUUGCCAAACAUUAUUUGUAGUUUUUGCAUUAAAAUGUUGAAGCUGGCAGAGUUUGAUAGAUAUGCCAAAGGGGAACGCCAAACUACAACUAAAAAGAGGUUAAGACAAAUUAAAACAUACGACAUGCGGUGACAUGCGGUGGGUUCUUUCCAUUUGUUAGAGCUGGCCCGCCAGACCAAUCCAGUUGUAAAAUAAUAAUAAUAAUAAUAAUAGGAAGAAGAAGAAGAAGAAGAAGAAGAAGAAGAAGAAGAAGAAGAAGAAGAAGAAGAAGAAGAAGAAGAAGGAGAAGAAGAAGAAGAAAGGUGCUCAGUGUAUGAACAGAAUGAUUGACUUGAGUGACUGACGCUCUAGGUGCAUGGUUUGCGCCCGGCUGAUGCACAAAAAGAACACCAGCAAAGACUGUGAUAAUAGAGACAAUAAUAAUAAUAAUAAUAAUAAUAAUAAUAAUAUGCUCCUCACCGAAAAUUUCGAGAAAAUGCUUAUAUCUUAUUUUCAAAAUUACCCGACCGUCCAGACGGCCAAUUUUGACCUCUGGAAAUCACCUAAGGAUUCAAAAUGGUCCCUAGCUUUGGACCUGAUUAGUCACGGCACGUGGUAAAAAACGCCACGGUGCCCAUGCAAUUUCUCUAGUCUUUCUUAAGUGUCUGACUCCUCCACGAGAACUGGGAAGGCAUGCAUUCGGGAAUUAAAUAUUAAGUUUAUACAUUUACAAAGGUAACGGCACAUCCAGAAAUUCAAAAGUUAAGAUUUAAUGUUAAAUUAUAUCGUGUAAUUUCUCUACUGUCUACUGUCAUUUCCCAAAAUCUUCCGCCGAUCUUUGUAAUGGACCAGGUAGUAUCGUCUCAAGUGAACCAAACAUUUAGACAAAGGUCUUGUAAUUUCUACUUUCAAGUUCUAGUGAGGACAAAGCAUACCCACUGGUUUUGGAGGACGAGGUGAUCAACGUCUACAGUCAUAUGACCAUGGGUACGACUGGUAAUGGCGCAUGCAGUAAUGGUGGAUGGACGCUGGUUAUAAAAAUGGAUGGCAACCAGGUAAACUCACUUUUAGUUUCUUCACGAUAUAUUAGCCUUAAAUACUUGAUGAAACAGUAUAAAUUGAAAUUUUUACACUGGAAACAAGCGGCUGACAGCGCCUAUAGCUUCUUAAACAUUAAAGGAAUAUAAUUAUCUAGAAUAUUCGAUAAUUUUAGUGUCCUUUUUCUUGAGGCACAGAGUUUAUUCAGUAAAUACCGUCAGGCUCAUGGCGAUGAAAUGCGUUGAAAUGAUCACAUUAUUAAUCUUUUUUAUUUUUUACACCCUAAGUCGGUCCUUUUAGUGUAUUUUGUUCAUUUUAAUUUCAAGAAAUAGUGAAAUUCCUGCACGGAGCUUUUCGUAUUUCAGCCCUUUCUUUUGUUAACUUUCCGCCAUUCUUGUGAAUGACUACUCAAAGGACGGUAAGCUGGGAUUGAGGAGUGGGAAUUCCUCAAGACCAUUCUGAGAGAUACGGUUAAAGGUUAUUAAUAAGAUUGACUACUUAGAUUUCGACUCCUUUUGAGGAGCUAUAUUUUAAAGAUUUGAUAUCAAAAAAUAAUAUGGCGUUGAUUUUCUUUACUUAAGUCAACAAGGCCCUUUUCUUACAUUAGACUUCAUAUGUGCCAAAUGAUGCUUAUGGAGAAAAGACUGAGCAAAAGCUAUUGUUUUUGCUCAUUUUCGCUCAUUUGCAUUAGAUUGGGGCCAUUGGGCACAAUUAAGUUCGACGUUUGACACGGGUCUAACUAACAUUCCUCCUACAGCCAACGUUCCACUACACUUCCACGCUUUGGCAAGACAAAGACACCUUUAACGUUAAUGGAGGGAGGACUGGGUUUGACUCUCAGGAGACAAAACUUUCCUCCUACUGGAACACAUCCUUCUCCAAAAUUUGCCUCGGUAUGAAGAUCAACAACCAGGUCAAUUUUAUUCAAAUCACCGAGAGCGCCAGUUCCUUGUAUUCACUUAUCGCCGAUGGACAAUACCGUCCUACUUCACUGGGUCGUAACACGUGGUUUUCACUGAUUGCCUCUGGCGCCUCCUUCAAUGACAACUGUAACAAGGAAGGGUUCAACACCGAGUGCACCUACGCAGACCGCUCCAAAGCAAGAAUCGGUAUUCUUGGUAACAAUGAAGACGACUGUACUUCAUGUAACUCCAGGGUUGGGUUUGGUACUGGCGGAAAAAACGACGAUUCCAACACAUGUGGAAACCACGCUUCCAGCCAAAACAUAAAGGCCUUUGGGUAUAUAUUUGUGCAGUAAAAGAAACUGAAAAUUAAGCUAAGGCUAUAUUUUGCCUAGGGAAGAAAUUAACCGUGUAAAUUUCGUUGAAAUGUUUUAAUCAGUUACUCACGACAGAUCUAUUAAACGAAAUAUUAAGUUGGAUGGAUGUGCUUCAUGUGUUAUAUGAAUAAAGCACGCGGAAUAAAUGGAGAUUGAUGGCCAUUGUGUCCGGUGUUCCAGAUAUCGAUGUUGCGUCAUUUAUCUACGCCUUAAGGCAAACGUCUUCACACACCUAGAAAGUUGAACAGGCCACUUUUCUCUAACUUCUGAUUUCUUUAAGGGUAUAUUUUCAUCGUUUAUUGUUUGUUUGAAUAAUUGAAAAGUAGAUUAAGAGAUAGAAUGGAGUAGAAUGAAGUAAAGAAAUAGCUCAUCGUUUGUCCCGCGAUAGUCACUUUGUUCAUCGCGAUGAUUCUAUCGCCUGCUGUAGGUCUACAUCAGGCGAUGGUGCCGAUUUUACUAAGUGGGACUAUUAGUACCAGGGUGGUUGCUAGUGAAUGAUGGAUCUGGAUCUGAAGCACCUGUUUGCAUUGUUAAAAUAACUUUUAAGAGAGGUUGUCAGUGAAAACCGGGCAAAAUGUUAAACGCAAUACGUUCAUAUUAUAGUAAUAUCAUAGACAGAUUAAUGGUCAAAUAUUAAUGGAGUAAUGGUAAAAAGGUGAAUAAUAUAAUAAACAUAGGUCUGUCACUGCUCUUGUGUUAGAGAUACGAGCAUUGAGCGCCAUCUUUUUUAAAGCAAAGUUUGACCAUUUUUUGACGCUCGCAAAGUCCUCACCGAAUAUAAACGAGCGAAGUUCAUUUUUUGUAUGCGACACAACACAGCACAGGGCUACUUUAUAAAACCAUAAACUUUGCAACAGGCACCACUUAAACUGUCUUAUUUUACUUGAACUAAACUCGUUGUCUACAAAAGCAAGCCAAAAACGGUCGUUUUUGACUGAAUUGAUCAAAAGCGCACAACUAUAAAUUAAAAUACUUUAAAUUUAGAGCAUGAUAAAACUCUGACAGCCAAAUUGCGGUCUACUAUCAUCCAUGUUACCAAAACACUGAUAAUCAUUUUGGCGCGUUGGAACAGGACUGAAGAAAUAAGAAAACUCAUUUGUCAUUGUUGCCAAUUUUUUUCUUGCAAAUAGGCCACUGCUAUUCGUGUUUGUUCUAAGUCCUCAAGAAUUUUCUUCGCUAUUUCGCUGUCAAGCCCUAUGGUCAGCAGGUAGAGGAAGUAUCAAACAGCUCGAAAUACUACAACUGUUACAUUUUGAAAUGGCAAAAAGUGGUGAACCAUAGGAUACAAAUGAAAGUGAUGCCAUCUUGAAAUUCUAUACUCGGGAGGGACCGGCACUAGCAGUUGUUUUGUCCCCAAAACGGUGGAUUGUCUGUUUUUUGUGUUGCCAUGGUGCUGUUGGGUACGGCUGCAGAAUGACGGCAAUUGCGAAAAUCGUGGUUCCUGAGUCUAAUUUCAAACAAUUGCAAAUGUGUCAGUCGCUAUAUAUUAAUUAUGCUUUCUUUUUUUAAACAGGUUUACGUUUAGUUAGUAUGUUGUUUAGGAGCUCAUAGUACAAUACUGAUGGAAAUAAACUCAUGGGAGACCCAAAUGAAACAAGAUUUUUUUUCUCGUGCCACUUUACUCAUAUUAAUAGUGUAGUCGGCGACAUUUCACCCUAGUCAAAAUAAUUAAUUCUAAGUUGUCGUUCGCAAACAUAAAAUCAUAAAGUCCUUUUAUUUUAAUUAGUUUGCCAAAACAACUCGAGUUUAUUUAACACAAGCAUAAAAUCCUUGUUACCUUAUUUUUUGUUGCCUAGACAAAAUAAUUUUUUGACCGUCACUAACUAAAUUAAUUUUCGCCGAGUGUGUUUAAUUAAUCUUCAAAAAGGGAGUCGGUAGCCUGCGAUGCAGAUGGUCCACGCAUUGUCUAGAACAUUACUCUGUUCACUUAGGUGGUUCAGAUUGCAUGUGGCUAAGAAUUGGGAAUGGAGUUGCAGUUCUUUUUUUGUCUUCACCUUUUUCCCUAGCUUUCACCCAUUUGUUCUUUAUUCUCUUACAAGCCUACGGUGAUCAAAAGCCUUAUUAAAAACGAAUGGUUGAGUUAACAUUGGUUAUCUGAGAAUUUAUUGUGAAAAGUUAACAUUGACUACAAUGGACAAAAAAAUAAACCUUAAUAAAAUAUUAAUUUCUUUUAAAUGGGAAGCUUUUCAGGUUUUUCCUUUUUUCAGCUGUCGCUAUAUAAGUUACUGACCAUAAUCUUUCUCGACGUAUCUCGUGAAGAAUUUCUUAAUUCUCUAUGUUUUCACUUUGCGAGUUCUGGCUUUUCUUCGUGUUGCUUUCAGCGUCAGUUUAUGCACAAGUGCAAGGUUAGUUUUCCUUUACGUUGUGUUUUAAUCUUUAAAUACCCGUAACCGUUUUUAAACUUAAUCAUAGACAUAGCAUAAGACUAAGCUUAACACGCUCCCGUCAAAGAGAAGUAUCUGAUUUUCAAAGUUAUCAAAAACGGCAUUCUCCUCCUUUGGUUUGUCUUAGAAAAAUUUGCGUCAAAACCGUAUACUUUUCGCGUAGUUUUUUUGUUUCAGUUUGAUGAUGAUGUCGAAACAUAAAGACGAGAUGAAGCGGUGAUUAUUUCAUAACCCGAGCUAGUCAGGGUGAAUCUCUAAGAAAGAUCAAGCCCGCGUAACGAUCAGGAAAACUGUUUCGUAUUUCCACUGCUAGCCGGCUUCAAUCAGAGUUCAUCCUAAAUUAAGGAGGUGUUGGCUACGGAAUCCCGCUGCGUUUUUGCUGUUAACCCAACAUUCUUUAAGCUGUCAAAUACCUUCGGUUUUUCACCCUUUAUCUGUUUGAAACAAACCCUUUCUUGGGACCAGAACCUUUUGUAUGAACUUCUUUAUUUCUUUGUCUUACUUAAUUUUUGCGCGAUCAUCAUCGCAGGCAUUGGAGGAUCCAGACCCUGGACCCACUGCCAGGGUUCCGGGAAUGAUGACCACGUGACCUCGUUCCCAAAGAAACUUAAUGAUAAACUUAUUUUGUUAUUUACUGCUACUGAGUUCUUCUUUUCUCUUAGACACAUGCCGCUCGCUGCAAUUCAGAAGUGACCAUAUCUUACAAGGGAAACGUCUAAGACAUCAUGUGUUUCGUAGCGUUGAUGUCAUAGAUGCUGAAAUCUGUGAGAUGUUAUGUUUCUUGGACUCAAACUGCGUCAGUUUGAACUUUAAAAAAUCAGCGAGCAAAUGCGAACUGAACAAUUCUACUUUCGAAGGACAGAAAGACAAGCUUGAGAGCAACUUGGACUAUCGUUACCAUGGAGCUAAGGUUCGCGUUUUGACAUAACUAAUAUAAGUGAAAGAUCACAGUUGAUAAAAUCCCGGGCUGACCCUCUUAUGGAAGAGGCUGGGACAAUGCCCGUAUCCUCUGUUCGGGUUGUAAAUUGCAGAUUUUGGUAUCAGUUAAGGUGUUCAGGCCGGAUCACCAAUAUCUUUAUGCUGUAAUUUUUUUUUUUUAUUUUCGCACACACGUGUCACUUGGGGCUGUGAUUAAAGGGGUGAAAAAAAGGUGAAAAAAGAGAGAAAGAAAAAAGAAAAAAAGAAUGAAUGAACGGACGAACGAACGAACGAACGAAAAAAAAGAAAGACGCAAAAGGCUAAUUAAAAAAGUGAGAAUUCAGUAACAACGUCGUUCUCGUAAAACUGCCAUUUGCACCUGAACUGACUGGUGUUGUAUCUGAAAUUAAGAAGAAAUAGCUGAACUUCACACUAAAACUUAACGGAAAUAAUGAAAGAAUACGUAAAGCAUAUCGGAUAGAUGUUAUCUACUUUUUGAGGGGUAUCUGUAAGGAAAAACAUUUAUUAAUAUCAGAAACCGCGCCGAGAAAAAGCUAAUACGUUUUGAAGACUGAAAGUCUACGAGGCGGUAAGCUUGUAAAGAACUUAGAAAUAUUCUGAAUGACUAACUAUAAAACGCUAUUGAAUUCGGCUUUCGCAUGGUGCGAAGGAUUAUUCUGACUGAUUUCAGAGGAUGUUAUUCGAUACUCCUCGGCCUUCAGCCUCGGUUGAAAACAUCGUCCCCGAUCUCCAUAAUUCUUCACAUCCAACUCAGCCUCAUGUAACAAAUUAUCUAAUCAGACAUUAAAAGCAUUUAUUUAGGACCUAAAUAAAGGGACGUACAACUCAGUCAGCACUUAUUUCCAUCCGCCAAGCUGACGUUGACAGAUUAAUGAUUCGUAGACAAAGUAAGGGUUAGGGUUACGGUUAGGGUUAGGGUUGUUGCUAUAUAUAUUCAAAUCAAACCAUUCGUUGUCCGCAAAUCCUGGGUUGUGUAGGGGUUAAAGUGAUGCACUGCAAAGCCGAUGCUCCGAGAUCGAAUCCUAUUCGUGCCAUCCUGAAUUUUUUUUCCAUAAAAAUUAAAGAGACUUAGACUUUUAUGAACAGAAAUUUCAAGAGACAGAGAAAUUUCAUGUAAGAAAAGUGAAAUGUCUUGUGAGAGCCACUGAGAGGAAAAUGUCAGUUUGGCGGAUGGAAACAAGUGACGACCGUACAAUCUCAUCCAAUCUCCGUCCAAUCUCAUCGUCCCUUUCUUCCAUAGAACGCAUGUGCGAAGAAACCUUGCAAGAACAAAGCAACCUGUCAAACUGGUUUUACAGACAAAGGAUAUCGUUGUUUGUGUACUGUUGGUUUCAAAGGAAAUCACUGCGAGACUGGUAAUUCUCGAAAGAGCGUGAGCUGGCAGAAAAGAGAAAGCCGGGGAGCGAGGGCAUUAUCCUAUUUGAAUAAACCUUUCCGUUGAUUUUAAGAGCCAGCAGGUCAUGUGGCAACGGGGCUCUUACUAUAUACAUUGAUUGGAAAGAAUAACGUGUUCAAAACAAUGUGGUAAAGGGCCAUUAAUAUCAAGAUCAUUUCACUAGUUGAUUUUUACUAACGGUCAGGUACAAGGGCUCCUGAUAAACACAAAUAAACUACCUGGUUAAGCUUGCGGGCGAGAACAUGAUAUCUCCACGGGUGAAAAUUACAACAUCCAUCUCGGCACGCCCAUAUACCUUAUUAUAGGAAAUUGUCGCCCCAUGAAAUUAAGCUAUUGGAAAUUAGGGCGGCUUAAAUUAACGCGAAUUUCAUGAAAACGACUUUCGAAUAAAGAAACUUAACGCGAAAGAGAGGGUAGCCAUUCAAAAUGAAAGAAAUUGCGCGCGUAAAUUUCACAUGGAUCAAAACUGGUAGAGACUUAUUAAAGAGGAACUUCCGGUUACACGUAUUGUACAUGAUCCGAAAUGGAAACUUUUUGCGUGGUACUGGUCACUUUUCACUGUUUUACUGUUUCUGCCGGAUCUCCUCUCUGAUAGAAUACUCCUCUUUCUUAAGUGGCAAGAAUGACAAAAGUUUACCGAGAUCGAGAAUUUGGGACCAAAAAAUGGAAGGUGGCGGAAAAUUAACGCAACAUAAAUUAACGCGAAUUUUUGAAACUCGCGUUAAUUUCUUGAAGCGUUAAUUUCCCACAAUAAGGUAAGAUCCCCUAUAUCUUGGGCAUUAUAAAGAUUCGGGCUUCAUCAAAAUAUUUGGACUCAAAGUGUUGAGUUAUUUCUUGAAGUUUCUUUCAUGCAAAGAUUGUAAAUAUUUUUUCCUGCUUCAGGAAUUACCGAGUGCACUUCGAGGACACACAACUGUAGCGUGAAUGCUUACUGCCGUUAUACUGUGGACGGAUACAACUGCACUUGUCAUCCGGGAUAUUAUGGAGAUGGGUUUAUUUGUGAACAAGGUGAGCUGAUACAAAAAUUACAAAAAUCAAAUUACCUCUUGGUGCCCAUACUGCUUACAAAUAAAAGUUAGGCGCGGCGGCUUCCAUUCUAUCUUAUUUUGACGGAGUUUCUCAGGGUUUUCACAGUGAUAUUAGGAGCAAAUUUUGACAUGCAGGCAUUCAGGAUUUCAGGAUAAUAAUGAAAGAACGUUCUACAAUCUAAUGAGUAUUGCAUGGACAUAGCUUGAACUCAUGACACCACUCAUCAACCACUUUGUCGUGAGCAAAUGAAAAACAAAUUGUGAAUUGCCCAUCAUUCUGCGGUAUUUGCUUUCGAUAAAGUUGGAAGGUAUAAGUUCUCAAUAAGCUGUAAGUACAGUGCUCUUGAUAUAUAGCUAUCAAUCAAUCAAUCAAUCAAUCAAUUAAUCUUUUAUAUUCCUCCUAAGAUGAAACAUAUAUCUUAAGUUACAUUUAAAAAUGGAAGUCUAAAAAUAUACGUAAGAAGCUAGUAUUAUACUAACUUACAAUAAAAAGAAUCAGAAAGAUUAUAUCUAAAAAUGAGCCCAUUUAGAAAAACAUUCUCAAAUCUAUCAGACUUGAUUUCCGGGUGAUGACCAGUUCUGUUUCGAAGAUCAUACUUUGUUUCUUUCUUCUUCGGAAUCAUCCUCUAUUCAGUGAUUGUUACUAAGCGGGAAAUCGGGAUUCACUGAACGUACCUUGAAACGCUUCAACCCUGUCUGCCUUUUCUAAAAGGUAUCGACUGUCCGUUAUCUUAUAUGUGUAUUUCCUUAAAGCGAAUCUAUUUAGGAAGUUUUGUAUGAUCUGAGUCUACAGCGCCAUAAACAGAUAGACCAUAAGUGAACAGUCGCCUCUAAAGACUCUAAAAACACUUGCCCUAUUAAUCUUUGUGCUUAUUGUCACCGUCUUCCUUUUUUAGGAAAGCAUCAAACCCAUGCAAGGAAAGCAGUACUAGUAAAUUAAGACGAAAUUACUCAAUAUCUCAGUUUUAUAUUUCUGACGCUUGCUAAGGCAAUGGAUCUGGCUGUUUGAUUUAAUACUAUUCCGGCUCCUUCCCCCAACUUGGAAAUUAAACCAUAUCACCCCUGACAAAACAUUUUUCAAAAUUUAAGGUAGAAAUGAAAUAAUCAAUGUAUGUUUCCUUCAAGAAAAAUCUACAGGGAACUAUUGAACUAGCUUUAAAGUAUCUGUACUUAUAUAUUAUUUCUUUUUCAUUGGAUCACAGUUUUAUCGUGCAAAGAUAUUUUCGACAAGAAAAUGUAAGUGGAUUAGUUUAUUAUAAUAGUUAUUUUCCGGCUGCAGAAGGCACUUGAUUUGAUUUGAGAAAUCAUUAUUAUCCGUUAUUUUCUCUGUCUUUUUAUGUAAUUCUUCAAUUUAGAUCUAACAUGUCCAAUGCGUACCCGCUUGUUAUUGGGAAUGAGGUUAUCGAUGCUUACUGUCACAUGACCAUGGCCGAGACUGGAAAUGAAACAUGCGGUUAUGGCGGAUGGACGCUGGUCAUAAAGAUUAACGGAAAUAAGGUAUCCUUCAGUCGUUUCGAGGGCGUGGAAGCCUAGCUGUUUAUUCCUGGGUGAACUAAAAAUAGAAAAUGGGGUUGACUGCUAUCCGAAGACGAAAUAGCUGAAUUUCAAAGUAACUGAACUGAAGAAAUGCAAGAAUGCACAAAACAUAUCGAAUACGAUGGAUUAGGAUAAGGAUUAGGAUUUUUAGACUCUCGAAUUCGAUUCUGUAAACAUUCUUAAUAUUUCGCCAAUUUUUGUACAUAAAUAUUCACAAUUUCCUAUGAUAGUUUUUUGCAUUAUCUAAUUUUAAAACUUUUCAUUAUUUUAUCCGGCUAUACUUUGUUAACCUAUUUUAGAGUCAUAUUUGUAUCUCUAUUAUUGUAAUUAGGGCAUAAUAAUAGCCAAGCAAAUGGGGUCCUAAUAAAUUGUAUGUAUGUAUGUACGUAUGUAUGUAUAUCGCUCGAUGGAUUUUAUCUUUUUUUUUAUUUGAGGAGUAUCUAAGAGAAAAAGCAUCUCUUUUUGUCCUGAAACCGUGCCGAGAAAUAGGUUAGUUUAAGAGGCCUUCAGCCUCGGUGGUUAACAUCCUCCGCGAUCUGCAUAAUUCUACUUCACAUCCUACUCAGCCUCAUUCAGUAUUUGCAAUAUUAUUGUUACAUAGCUAGAAAUUUCUUCCCAACCGCGCGCUCUCAUUGGUUACUUCGAGGUCACAUGAGAACUAGCAAUGAAACUGUUUCCCGCCAAAAUCUCUGAGCAGCCAAAAUUUAUGACGUCAGAGGGCAACAGUGCACUGUUACCCGCGAAUGUUGACCGACAACCGCCGUUACAACAAGGUUUAAUGAAUUUCCAGCUUCAAAACUUCCAGCUAUGUAACAAAUCACUUUAAGACGGGUCCCUCGGAACACAAAAGUAUCUUUUUCCGUCGGGACUAGUACUUAAGUGUUUAAUGAUACUUAAAUUCACACGUAUCAGUUGUGCUUUUCGCGAAAUUGUCGUACCCGACAUUAUCGCCUGUUUUCUAUUGUGAUUGCAUUGAUAGCGAACGUUUCACUACGACUCCAGUCUUUGGAACAACAAAGAAGCCUUUAACCUUGACGGAGGGAAGACUGGGUUUGACACACAAGAGACCAAACUUCCCUCCUACUGGAGCACAUCCUUCUCCAAGAUCUGCCUCGGUAUGAAGAUCGGUCAGCAGAUCAAGUUUAUUGUAAUCAACAGGACCGCCAGUUCCCUGUAUUCACUGAUCGCUGAUGGGCAAUACCGCAAUACUUCACUGAGUCGUGACACUUGGAAGUCGCUGAUUGGUUCUAAUGCCUCCUUGGAGAUCAAAUGUAACAAGGAAGGGUUUAACACGCUGUGCGAUUGGAAUAAGUGCUCCAAAGCAAGAAUCGGUAUUGUCGGAAACAAGGGUAACAACUGCAAUUCCUGCAAUUCUAGAAUCGGAUUUGGCACUGGAGGAAAACCGGAUGACUCUAUCACAUGUGGAAACCAAGCUUCUAGCAAUGGGGACAACGGUGCCAAGAACAUUAAGGCCAUGGGGUACAUCAUGGUGCAGUGA